AGAAAAUGAGCCGCGGAUAUCCUGGGACGGAUCGCAGCACGAGUAUUUAGCCCAUCGACCAGCACACCAACCACAGUACUGCCCCAUGACUUCGCCCCUCCAGUUCACGCUCCUAGCGGCCCUUGCAUGGACCCUAUGGAGGCUUUGCCGUAACUUUCUCGUUCGCUCGCCCCUCGAUAACAUACCCGGUCCACAGCGCUCUUCAUUCUGGACAGGAAACAUCAAAAAUCUGUUCAAUCGCCAUGGCUGGGACUUCCACGACACGAUUUCUCAGCAGUACGGACCUGUCUCGAAGGUGUACACGGCAUUCGGCGGCCAGGGCCUAUACGUCUAUGACCCCAAGGCUCUGAAUAGCAUCAUAGUCAAAGAUCAGUACACGUACGAAGAUGCAUCGUGGUUCAUCAAAUGGAAUCAUAUGACAAUUGGGCCAGCAUUGUUUGCGACAUUAGGCGAGCAUCACCGCAAACAGCGCAAGAUGUUGAACCCUGUCUUCUCCGUCGCGCACAUGCGGUAUAUGACGCCAAUUUUCUACAAUGUUGUCCACUGCCUUCGGGAAGCCGUCUCUACAAAGAUCAACGAUGACUUUGGGGAAGUCAACGUUAUGGAGUGGAUGUGUCGCACCGCGCUUGAGCUUAUUGGGCAGGGCGGCCUUGGAUACUCAUUUGACUCACUCGUGGCAAACUCAACAAAUGAGUUCGGUAUCGCUCUCAAAGAGUUUAUACCCACAACGUUUGCGCUGCACAUCUGGCGUGCACUGGCGCCGUUUUACACGUCCUAUAUUCCCCUUGUGAUUCGCCGGCAAAUCAUCAGAUGGGUACCGCAUAAGAAUGCACAGAAGAUGCGCACAAUUUCACAGACAAUGGCGGCCCACUCCAGGGAGAUAUACGAGCAGAAGAUGGUUGCAUUCGCCCGAGGUGAUGACGCCGUCGUACAUCAGAUUGGCAAGGGGAAGGAUAUCAUGAGUAUUCUAAUCCGAGCAAAUGUAAACGCUUCUGAGGGAGACAAGUUGCUCGAAGAAGAAAUAAUCGCUCAGAUAUCCGCCCUCGUUUUGGCUGCCACAGAUACCACAUCCAAUGCUCUCGCACGGACACUCCACCUCUUAUCUGAACACCAGGACGCCCAGGAUAAGGUCCGUGCGGAGCUCGUACAGGCGGCCCCCGACGGCGAGGACGUUCCGUACGGCCAGCUCGUCGAUCUCCCCUAUCUCGAUGCGGUGUGUCGCGAGACGCUGCGUCUAUACCCUCCUGUCGCUUUCCUCAGUCGCGAGACGCGCAACGAUAUCGUCAUGCCACUCUCAGAGCCCGUGCGGGGCCUCGAUGGCACGCUCGUUAGCGAGAUUGCAGUGCCGAAGGACACACCAAUCUUCAUCUCUAUGCGAGGCUGCAACCGUAACCCGGCAAUCUGGGGCGAGGAUGCGCUGGAGUGGAAGCCGGAGCGCUGGCUGACGCCGCUUCCCAAGGCACUUGGCGAGGCACAUGUGCCUGGUAUCUACGCGAACCUUAUGACAUUCCUCGGUGGCGGGAGAGCUUGUCUUGGCUUCAAGUUCUCUCAGCUAGAAAUGAAGGUUGUGCUGGCCGUCAUGCUGCGUCCCUUCCGCUUCCUUCCCAGCGACAAGGAGAUUUAUUGGAAUCUUGCUGGAGUCAGUUAUCCUACGGUUGGCAAGGAUGGUAUAAGAGCUGAGAUGCCGAUGAAAAUGGAGGCUAUUCAAUUCUGACCUUGUCCCCGUAGCCUGAUUGGGUUCAUUGGAUCUUCCCACGUUUUAACCCGUUUC